AUGAUGCCCUCUCCCUCGGGUCACAGGGACUCAUUACCAUAUACAAACGGCCAUACCACACCUCUCGCGGUGCAUGCGGCGCCAGCGCGGAGCCCUUCACAACGUAGUGACAGCGAUCUGUCCGAUGCUCAACCACCUGCCGUAGCAGAGCCCUCCUCCGAUGUCGACGCGCCCGGAGAGGAGGACGAAGAUGAUGAGGCUAUGGCUGCCGACUCAGAUUCAUCCGAGGACGUAGAUGCGGAGGGCGAGCCAGACGCAGACUACGACUCUGACUCACCGCCAUCUGAGCAUGCCCCAAGCAGCCGCGCCCAGAGUGUGUCGUCUCAAGAGUCUUCGAGGCCCAACAAGCGCAAGGCCAGCUCAGACAAGGACGACUACAUGACACAGAAUCCGGAGCUGUAUGGUCUGCGUCGCAGUGUCGAUAGUGAUGAUGAAGACGAUGAUUCAGGCUCCGACCAGCCCCGUAAGCGCCAGCGUACAGCCUCGCGCAAAGGUCAGCAAACCCAUCACUUUUCCAUCACCAUCACACUGACAUGCUCCUUAGCCUCAAACCAACCGACUCCUGUCUACCGACCCGCGGGCUCCGACUCGGAAUCGGAUGGCUACGUCAAUGCUAAGAAGAACAUCCCUACCAAGAAGGAGCGCCAUCGGCAACUGCUCGUAGCAGAGGGGCGCCUGCCUCCCUCACAGGCGGAGGUCCGCUUCUCUGCCCGUCGCUCAGCACAAGUAACGAACUAUAACGAGGAAGGAGAGGAUGAGUUCGAAGAGUCCGACGAUGGGCAGACACCCAACUAA